GCCGAGCUACCGCUAUCGCGAGAUUUCCUGACCUGCCGCUCCCUUGGCCGCCGCCUUAGCCGGGGACUCGGACCCAGCCUCUCCCUUACCCGGUUACCGGCCCCGGCUCAACCGAGGCUCUGGUCCCCCAGCCCUGCUUGGCCGCCGCCAUGGCGGACCCUAAGUACGCCGACCUUCCCGGCAUUGCCAGAAACGAGCCAGAUGUGUAUGAAACCAGCGACCUACCUGAGGAUGAUCAAGCGGAGUUUGAUGCGUUUGCACAAGAGCUGGAGGAGCUGACGAGCACAAGUGUGGAGCACAUCAUUGUCAACCCCAACGCUGCCUACGACAAGUUCAAGGACAAGAGAGUGGGGACAAAGGGCCUUGAUUUCUCAGAUCGCAUUGGGAAAACCAAGAGAACAGGAUACGAGUCUGGAGACUAUGAGAUGCUUGGAGAGGGACUGGCAGUAAAGGAGACACCUCAGCAAAAGUAUCAGCGACUACUGCAUGAGGUCCAAGAGCUGACAACUGAAGUGGAAAAAAUCAAGACAGCGGUGAAGGAGUCAGCCAGUGAGGAGAAGCUGACUCCCGUGGUGCUGGCUAAGCAGCUGGCAGCCCUGAAACAGCAGCUGGUUGCUUCCCACCUGGAGAAGCUGCUGGGACCAGAUGCUGCGAUCAACCUCAGCGACCCUGACGGAGCUCUGGCUAAGCGCCUGCUGCUGCAGCUGGAAACAACAAAGAACAGCAAAGGGAGUUCGGGGGCAAAGACGGCCGGUGGGAGCGCCCAGGACAGCAGCCUUGUCACGUACGAACUGCACUCGCGGCCUGAGCAGGACAGGUUCUCGCAGGCGGCCAAAGUUGCAGAACUUGAGCGGCGCCUAACAGAGCUGGAGGCAGCUGUCCGCUGUGAUCAGGAUGCUCAGAAUCCCCUUUCUGCAGGUCUGCAGGGAGCCUGUCUGAUGGAGACUGUGGAGCUGUUACAGGCAAAGGUGAGCGCCCUGGACCUUGCAGUUUUGGACCAAGUGGAGGCUCGGCUACAGAGUGUCCUGGGAAAGGUGAAUGAGAUUGCCAAGCAUAAAGCCUCUGUGGAGGAUGCCGAUACGCAGAGCAAGGUGCACCAGUUAUAUGAAACCAUACAGCGCUGGAGCCCCAUAGCCUCCACCCUUCCUGAGCUGGUGCAGAGACUUGUUACCAUCAAGCAGCUGCAUGAGCAAGCCAUGCAGUUUGGCCAGCUCCUGACGCACUUAGAUACCACCCAGCAGAUGAUUGCCAGUUCCCUCAAGGACAAUGCCACCCUUUUGACCCAGGUGCAGACAACCGUGCGCGAGAACCUGGCUACGGUGGAGGGGAACUUCGCCAGCAUUGAGGAGCGGAUGAAGCAGCUGGGAAAGUGAGCACCUUCAGGAGGUGGAGAGCAGGGACCAGCUGGCCCUCUGAGCUCUUAGCGCUUACACAGGGUUUCCCCUCCACUGUAACUCCCCCAGCCCACCUUACCUGACACUGGGGGCAAGGGUUCUUCUUGCAUGUGGGCUUUGUGCCCCUCCCCUGAUGAACGAACGGAGCGGUAGCUGGGGGUGUUAGGUGGGGUCUCCCCUCAGGCCCAGGGGAUGAGGACGUGGGCCUCGUUACAUGCCAGCUCACGUCCAAUACUGCUUUGCCUGGUAUAGGGGAGGACCGGGUCCUUGUCCUCCAACACAGCUUCUGUGGCUGACUAUAAUACUGUACAACUGUUUCUGACCAUUAAAUGCUGUUGUACUCUG